AUGGCUGCCAAUUUUGGCGGUGGUUGCCUCUCCUCGUUACGCAUUCACUGGAAGAAACGGAGCAAAGGGCAGCAAGAAGCCUCUAAGCCUCUCAAGCAGGUGACUACCUCGGAACCUCCUGUUGAGGAAAGCGGCCGGCCGUUGGGCUUGAUUCCAACGACCCAAAAGAGAUCUGCUCCUUCGAAUGGCCAUGUUGAACCUCUCGGAUCAUCCGCAGUGGUGUCACGUGGUCUAUCACCAACGGGCAGUGAACACCAGCCGGCCCUCAUCACCUCCACCUCUGAUCGAACAUCGGCCACAGCAGAUACUCCACUUCCACAGUCUGACCUAUGGCAGGAAGCGCGCGAGCAAGUGGACGAAUCAACCCUGGACUGGAUGAAGAAAAAUUCUGUGGAGACAGAUGCUAAAGCGACCAUUUCUGAAAUCAUUCAGGUAGUACGCCGUAGAGAAGAAGAACAUAUGGAACAGGCGCUGAAGCUGACGGUUAGAAAUCGCGAGAUCUUGUGGAAAGACUACGCGGGAAGAGUAGUCAGCUUGGUCACAACGAUAGGGGAUGUCGCCAUCAGCUUCGCUCCUGCGCCUUCUCCGAUCAUCUGGUCAAGUGUUAAGGUGCUUUUAGAGGUAUAUUACACAACGUGGACAGCGCUUCAAUAA